UAAGUCAGGAGCAUGCACAUUAUUUUGCAAUAAUAUUCCAAAAGUCGUAGAUAUGGCUGAAACUGACAUCCAAGACUAUCUCCAACUCUUCUUCCUCUGGUUACUCUCCAUCAUCGCCGUUAGAGCCAUACUCACCAAACUCCGCCACAAGCCUCGCCGUCCACCGGGCCCACGGUCCCUCCCCAUCAUCGGCCACCUCCAUCUCAUCUCCGCCCUGCCUCACCAGUCUUUCCACGCGCUCUCCACGCGCUACGGCCCCGCCGUGCAAGUCUUCCUCGGCUCCGUCCCCGCCGUGGUCGUUUCGUGCCCGGAACUCGCGAAGGAGUUCCUGAAAACGCACGAGCCCAGCUUCUCGAACCGGUUCGUGAGUGCAGCGGUUCACCACCUGUCCUAUGGGUCCAAGGGGUUCCUCUUCGCGCCCUACGGAAGCUACUGGAGGUUCUUGAAGAAGAUUUGCAUGUCGGAGCUUCUCGGUGGCCGCACCCUCGACCAGUUCCGGCACUUGAGGGAGCAAGAAACUUUGAGGUUUCUGCGCGUGUUGAGGGCGAAAGGGGAGGCGCAUGAGGCCGUGGAUGUUAGUGGGGAGUUGAUGACUUUGACCAACAGUGUAAUAUCGAGGAUGGUUUUGAGUCGAACAUGUUGCGAGAGCGAUGGUGACGUGGAGCACGUGAGGAAGAUGGUGGCGGACACUGCUGAGCUGGCGGGGAAGUUCAACUUGGCGGAUUUUGUGUGGUUGUGUAAGGGGUUGGAUUUGCAUGGGAUAAAGAAGAGGCUUGUGGGUAUUUUGGAGAGGUUUGAUGGCAUGAUGGAGAGGGUGAUAAGGGAGCAUGAGGAGGAGAGGGAGAGAAGGAAGGAAAGAGGGGAAGGGGAGGAGAUUAGGGAUUUGCUUGAUAUUUUGUUGGAAAUUCAUCAAGAUGAGAGCAGGGAGAUCAAGUUAUCUAGAGAGAAUGUCAAGGCUUUCAUCUUGGACAUAUAUAUGGCAGGAACCGACACAUCAGCUAUAACCAUGGAGUGGGCACUAGCAGAGUUAAUCAACAACCAUCAUGUGAUGGAGAAAGCAAGACAAGAGAUAGAUUCAGUGACAGGGAACAAAAGGCUAAUACAAGAAUCAGAUCUUCCCAACCUUCCAUACCUACAAGCCAUAGUCAAAGAAACACUAAGGAUUCACCCUACAGCGCCACUGCUAGGGAGAGAAUCAUCAGAAAGCUGCAAUGUAUGUGGCUAUGACAUUCCAGCAAAGUCCUUAGUGUUUGUUAAUCUGUGGUCUAUGGGAAGGGACCCCAAAAUUUGGGAGGACCCUCUUGAGUUCAAGCCAGAGAGGUUUAUGAACAAUAAUGAAGACAAACAAAUUGAUGUGAGGGGACAGAAUUUCCAGCUAUUGCCAUUUGGGACUGGGAGAAGGUUGUGCCCUGGUGCAUCACUUGCACUUCAGACUGUGCCUACUAACGUUGCUGCUAUGAUUCAAUGCUUUGAAUUUAGGGUUGAUGGGACUGUUAGCAUGGAAGAAAAACCAGCCAUGACACUUCCUAGGGCACAUCCUUUGAUUUGUGUCCCUGUGCCACGCAUGAACCUUCCCUUCUAGUGUAUAUUUUGAGAAAAUUAAUGGUAGAAUGCAUUUAGUGUAUAAUAAUAUGUUCUCUAUCUCAUCACCAAUAGUCCAAUAAAGCAGCUUUCACUUUUUCUUUAGAAAAAGAAA